AUGAAGGACCUGGCUGCCGAUGUUGACCACUUGAUCAACCACGUCCAGCGCCAGCUAGCCACAGUCCAUCAGCACAUCAGCUUACUAGCAAGUAUCCGCUCCAUCAAGGAAACGGAAAGGUCAAUAGAGCAGUCCCACAGGCUCGGGCACCUUUCAAAACUCGCCACAGUCUAUGUCCCGCUCUCCUUCGUGUCCUCCUUGUUCGGCAUGAAUGUACUGGAAAUCUCGCCCGAGACAACGCCUAAAUGGCUGUACUUUGCUAUUGCCCUCCCACUCACAUUUGUCUCCCUGGCCGCAAUAACGGGCUGGAACUACUGGAAGAGUGUGGCGGAGUGGUGGGACUCUUGGGAGUGGGAGGAGGUCUUUGAUCGGCCGUCUUGGUUGAAACGCAUACCAGGGCAGAAAGACACAGACACGGUUUGA